GAUGAUUUAUUUAUAAUGCCACAUGGAAUAACACCAUGUAAUGUACAAUUUUUGAGAUUUUAGGGAAAAUUACUGUCUUUGUUGAUGUUUUAACACGUUUCAUUUCAAAAAAUCAAGUAUGGAUGACGACGAGGAAAGUUCAGUUACUAUUCCUACGGUCGAAAAGCCAACUAUUCCUUUGCUCAAAAGUUCGAAACGUGAAAACCGAGGUUGUUUUGUGUAUAUUUUGACAUUUUUUGCUGCCGUCGGUGGCUUUCUGUUUGGUUAUGAUACGGGUGUCAUUUCGGGUGCUUUGAUAAUCUUGAAAAAGCAUUUUGAUCUCACAUUUUUUAUGGAAGAGCUUGUAGUGAGCAUAACCAUUGGUUGCGCUAUUUUCGGAGCUGUAUUUAGCGGGCCGAUAAGUCAAUAUCUUGGUCGAAAAUUCGUUUUGAUACUUUCUGCCAUCGUUUUCACUGCUGGUGCUUUGGUUAUGGGACUUUCUGGCAAUGAAGAAACACUUCUUGUUGGUAGAGCUAUUGUAGGACUAGGAAUUGGUGGUGCGUCAAUGACCGUUCCUGUAUAUAUUGCUGAAGCUGCUCCGGCAGAUAUGAGAGGAAAACUGGUCACACUUAAUAACAUUUUUAUAACAGGAGGUCAAUUUGUAGCCAGCGUUGUUGAUGGGAUUUUUGCGAGUCAGUCUGAUGGAUGGAGGUUCAUGCUUGGUCUCUCUGGUGUACCAUCAGCCAUUAUGCUUUUUGGUCUUUUUUUCAUGCCCGAGAGUCCAAGAUGGCUUGCUAGUAAGGGACGCAUUGAUCAGGCCAGAAAAGUCUUGAAAAGGAUUCGUAAUUCCGAUGAUGUUGAAGAAGAAAUUGAGGAAAUAUUGUCAUCAAAACAAAGAGAGCAUUUAGCCAUAAAUGAUGAAACAAAUUGUGGUAUAUUUUGGCAUAUCUGGAAAACACCAUCAGUUAGGAAGGCGUUAUUAGUUGGUUGCGGUUUGCAAGCAUUUCAACAGCUAUCAGGGAUUAACACUGUCAUGUAUUACAGUUCAACAAUCAUCAAAAUGGCUGGUACUAAAAGCGACGAGGAGGCUAUAUGGCUCGCGGUUCCUGUAGCUUUCACAAAUUUUGCAUUCUCUCUGAUUGGAUUGUUGGUAGUUGAAAAAAUGGGAAGAAGAAAACUACUUUUGAUUAGUCUCGCUGGUGUUAUAUUCAGCCUUUUUUUACUCAGCGUUACAUUUUAUUUGGACUUACGAGAAUCUCCAGCCGUAACAUUGAAACCACAUAUUGAUUCUUCAUGUGUUCAUGAUUACACUCAUUGUUAUUCCUGUGUUGAAGAUAUUCAUUGUGGAUUUUGUUAUGAAAAAAUUAAUGGGUUAUUUUCAAACAGUUCCUGUUUACCAGUAAUGUCGAACUCCAUGUUAGACCAUGCCAAAGAUGGAUUGUGUAACAAAACUACUAACGAUAGCUUUCAUUGGAAUUAUGAUCACUGUCCUUUUCCAUUGUCUUGGUUGGCAGUACUUGGCCUGGUUUUAUAUCUUGCAUGGUUUGCUCCAGGCAUGGGGCCAAUGCCAUGGACAAUAAACUCUGAAAUUUACCCGCAAUGGGCAAGAAGUUUUGGUAAUGCAAGCUCGUCAGCUACAAACUGGAUUUGUAAUCUUCUUGUGUCCAUAACAUUUCUCCAUCUAACUAAGCUAUUGACUAAAUGUGGUGCAUUUGGUCUUUAUACGGUCAUAGCUUUUAUUGGCUGGUUAUUUGUUUUUGCUUUUGUACCAGAGACGAAGGGAAAAAGUCUCGAAGAAGUGAACAGGUUGUUUGAAAGUAAUCAACCCAAAUUCCACAAUAAAGAUGCGACUAAUGACUCACUUAACAGUUUAAAUAAUGAUAUAGUUGAGUCAUAAUGCUUAGCUAAAAUGUUCAAUAAUAAAAAUUCUUAUGGUAUUUUA